GAAAAUAGAUGACACAUCAUGCCACUGUGCCGGGGAAGAUAGGUUGCCUCAUUUCAGUGUACUCUAUAGUUAUACAAGAGUCUCCACAUGCGUGCUAUGUGUUAUUUAUUCCUGUCCGUCCUCAGCCAAGUGUCGUCCUAUGCAGUUCACGCCGAGGCUCUCAAAGUCAGUGGUCAUGUAGGGCACAACGUCACAAUGCCCUGCGCCUACAGUGCCCAAGCUCAUGGUCUCUUGAGCUUCUGUUGGGGUCGAGGAAAGGUCCCCACUUUUAAAUGCUCAAACAGGAUCAUCUACGCUAAAGAUGGGGUGGUGAGCUUCAUCAGCGAGUCCAGGUAUAAGCUCCUGGGCCACCUCAGUGAUGGAGACGUGUCCCUGACAAUUCUGAAUGUUCGACCUGGUGACACUGGCGUGUACGGCUGCAGGGUCGAGAUACCAGGGAUGUUCAACGACUAUAAAGUCAACAUAUAUUUGGCUGUGGAGGAAGUACCUUCGCAACAACCUGUUACUCAGGUCAGUCUGCCAGUGACAGCUAAAAGACAACAAGCCAUUUCAGCAGUGUCUGAAUUCGAACAUGCAGGAGGAGAUGAUUUGACAUUAAACAGGAAAGGCAGAGCUGAGGAGGCAUCCAGAGCAUUCCAGGAAGUGGGCAACAUUUGCAGAAUCGCAGCAAUUGUUUCUCUUACUGUGCUCAUAAUCCCAAUCUUUAUUGCUUCAGAGAAACGACCUCGGCCACUUAAACACCUAAAAACAUCAACAAGAGAGAAUGUGUAUGAAAUGAUCUAAAAUCACUUGCUUUUGCUCUUCUGUGUCUUUUUGUUAUUUUAAUGAUUAAAUACAAAGAGUAAAAACAACAUUCAAGUCGAUGAACAUACGAAGCUCGACAGAAAAGCUGAAGGACUGCUGUACCGUACAUGUCACCCCCAAACUACAAACUACGAGUUUCCCGCUUCAGUGUGGGCCACACUGCGAAGAAAUUCUGCGAUAUUUUAUGGAGUUGAAGAGGCGAAAGUUGUGGUACAGUAACGCCAACGGCUGUCUCGCCAUGACAACACGUCUGCUCACAAUGCCCUGAGCAUCCAAUACCGUAUUGGCCUGAAUAUAAGACGG